AUGACCCGUCGGGAAGUGGAAAACAUCCGGUUCUCCGCCCUGCAGCCACCGGCUGCCCACACUGAACCUGCCAACAACCAGAGCGUCUCGGCCAUCGAAGGCGCAGGGGGCGCGGUGUCGGAUCCCCACGGACUCCCCGCGGAGUUUGUGCGCGCAUUGGCCAAGUCCGCGUUCAUGACAGGAGAUGGCGAGUUCACCGAAGGCUUGUCCGAGGAGCAGCUGGACCGACUGCUGGACAAGCAUUGCGCCAGCCAGCUGGAGCAAGCGGCGUCUCUGGCCAAAGAUCCCACCGCCAACCUGAGAUGCUCUUGGGACAAGCUCCGGGCCGUGGUUCAGGAAGUCCUGGAAACUCCUCCUGAGGAGGGCGACAUCGCCGGGGUGGCCAACCGCCUCUUGUUGGUCCAGCGCCUGGAGAGAGCCGCCGAGGACGCCCACCACAUCUUGGCGGCCGCCAAGGAAGCGCAGGAGGCCUCCAGCGCCGAGAGCUCCUUGGAGGCCUUGGACACGGAGAACUCCACGGUGGACGAGGCGCGAAAUGGCGCGCGUCGCGUCGCCUGGGCGGUUUGGGCGGAGCAGAGCUGGGGCGGAUGGCGCGGGUGGAAGUAA